ACUGACUUCCCCUCCACCUGUACCAAUAGCUUUGACUCUCUGGAGCUGUCUUUGUCGAUUUCAGAGCCAGCCCAACUGACAUCGACUUGCUCGCCCUGAAUGCUACACAUGACGGGUACGAAAAGAGUCGUCCCGUGUUUUUCUUUUUCCCCGAAUAUUCGAUCCUCUGUUGUCGUUGCUUAAAAUAAACCCACGGGAGAUUCGUCCUAUUGUUGAUACCAAUACAAGUGCAAAUCGAUAGCUAAGCCAACAAGAAAGAGAAAGCGAAAGAAAAGCUUCUCUCGCCUUAAUACCCUACAUAUACUUAUUUUUUUGUGGUUGUCGUCUUUGGUAUUUUUUCUACUUAAAAGGUUAGGUUAGGAAUGACAUUUCGAUAAUUCGACUACUACUACCCCGCGUUAACAUCCAACAAACGUCAACGACAAACAGUCAACCACCAACUUAUUUAUCAAGCGCGCACAACGCAAAAAGCAACAAUGGCGGCCCCGGCGAACAAGACUAUGAAGGACCUGAGCGGGAAAUGGUUUAUGAACAAAACCCUCUCGGAUAACCCGGACCCAGGCCUGGCCCUGCAGGGCAUCGGCUGGUUCAUCCGCAAGGGCAUCGGCAUGGCGUCCGUGACUCUGCACGUCAAAAUGUACGAGGGACCACCUAACCCGCCAUCGACCUCGACGGACCCAGUCAUGCACAUUGAUAUUGUGCAGACGGCGACUGGCGGCGUCAAGGGCACGACCGAGAUCCGGUGCGCCGACGGCGUGGCCCGCGAACACACCGACUGGCUCUUCGGCACCGUACGCGGCCGCACCACGUGGAUCUCGGCCGCCGACAUUGACGACGAGCACCUCCGCGGCAACUGGCUCGAGGGCGACGAGGAAAAGGCCGGACCCAACGGCGAGACCCACAUCAAGAGCCUGGCCGAGAGCGUCGACAAUGGCUGGACCGCCACCCAGAUCUGGGGCUUCCAGAUGAUCAACGGCGAGAGGAGGUAUGCGAGGAAUGUCGUCAUCGCAAAGGGCAAGGACAGGGUCGAGUUUAGGCUCGUCUACGACUACCUCGGCGAGGAUACAGAUGAGUAAGAUGGAAUGGGAUCAAGAAUGGCAAGGAUUUUCUGCGUUGGAGGAUGGGCGGUUCCGCUUUUGAUUUUUUUUUUCUUUUUGGUUGUCAUUUGCGUCUGUCUGCUGAACCCCUCCGGUGGACUGCUCCAAAGACUGCAAAUAUGUAAAUAUCCCCAACGGUGGCUGGUUUUCAAUCCUUUUAUUCGGA